AUGGGCAAGCAAGCCACUCCUCCCCGCGCCCUGGUGGCCACACCCUCAACGCCGCUCCACUCUGCGCCGCGCCUCAUCCCGCUGCUCGAAGGCACGAGCAAUUUCGAUGAGUGGAAGGAGACCCUCUGGGACACGUUCGAGCAGAAAGGCCUGCAGAGGUUCAUCGACGGCGCACUACUGUUCCCGCCUAUCCCCGUCGAAGGAUCGAAAGAGUACGACGUCUGGGACCGCGACCGCCAGCUCGCAAAGGCCAUCCUCAAGCAGUCCGUCGGCCUGCUCACGGAACAGCUCCUCGCCAUGGGCUGGCGCCCCAAGCACAAAGACCCUCUCCACCACUACGGGGCGGUCCUGGGGCUGAUCAUGAAGAGUGCCGAGAGCUCUGGUCUCACGGGCCGCCUGGUCGAGCAGCUGUGCAAGAUUGACCGGGGCGACUUCAUGAGCCUGGCGUCGUACAAGGGCCGCCUGCAGACGCUCAGGCAGCGCUUGACGAACUUGGGCUACGACAUGGACGAUCGCUUCUACCUGCAUGUCGCGAUCAACGGCCUGCAGUCCACGAACCGCCGGUGGGCGACUUUGCUCCAGCAGCAGAUGUCGGACGGCAGCCUGACCUGGCACGAGCUUAUGCAGGCCAUGUAUGGCAAGGCGAUCAGGGAGCGUGGAGAUGCUAUCUUCUAG